AUGAACUCAAUGAGAAUACUGCGGAAGGAAUCAGCUGCCACCUUUGCGGGCGGCAGAAUCUGGGGAAGGCUUGCCAGAAGUGCUCAACGCAAAUGUGAAGAUUGCAUUCUGCUACGGAAGAGUGGGUCGAAGCGACUUCAAGGUUUGGCAAAGCACCUGGUCACCAGCAAAGACUCAUGGGAAUUGGGCAGCCGCCCCCCGCGCUUUGACGAGACCAAGCCAACAAGCUUUGCUAGCUUGGUGGACACCAGUGCUCGCAUCAUUGCCAACAGGCCAGGGCAGGUCUGGUCCAAAGCAUCUUGGUGCACAGGUAUCUCCACGACAAGGAAGAGUUGCCCCAUGUUCAUGAAAGUGUCCUAG